AUGCAUUCAUAUUCCGAUAACCCUACCGUCCUUCCCUACAUCGCAAGCUGGUCAUGGGACUACCUAACGGAGGAACAAGCCUUCCUUAGCCCACUCGCCGCUGAGUUUCACACUGGCUGGACACAUGGAUCUGUCCCCACUUCUUUGCGCAUCGUAUUCUCCCCAACUACCAUCAACGAGAACGGCUUCGCGGUCGAGGCGGAUCCCGCAAAUCAGCUCGCUAUCAUAGUCACUGCCGACAAUCUUUCCAGCCCUCUCGCCAUCAGCAUACCUAUGCACGACAGGAUCCCACGCUAUAUUCAGGACCAGCUCCAUGGUUUGGGCCAACUUCCUACCAACGUUUGCUUCAUACGGCUGGCACUGGGCAAAUCUCCCAUGAUCAUGGCGCCGAAGGAGCCAAACAUGCUGACAGCUGCAACGGACAUGGACGACUUGACGGCAUUCAAGACACUCACAGUGAUGAAGAGGUUCAAGCUUUGGUUCUUUGAUGAGGAACCACUUGAAGGAGCGAUUGGCAAUUGCGGCAGGAUGCUGAGAGCAAACAUAGGUUUCAGCCUCCCUUUCAGCCCUACCCACUUCAGGUUCCUCGCUCUCCACACCCAUUGCUGGCCGGAAUAUCACUUUCGCGAAGAGAUUGAGCGAGCAGCAAAGCGACACAAGACGAGCUUCAGCGAACUCGGCCUUGCUAAGUCUACAACGCACGCGGCGCCUGAUACAGAGUCGGCGUUGCUCAUCGAGCACCUGCUGUCCAGGCUGCCGAAUGAUCGGGAGAGAAGCAAGACGCUCCCUUGGCCACGCGGUAGAAAGACUGCUUCCGACUUCUUUGAACUUGCCGAUGAGGGACAAUCGACUGAUGAGGACUUGGCCGACGAGGAGCACUUGGCCGACAAGAAAUACUUUGUCGAAGAGAAACCCGUCCCCGAGAUGAUACACCUUCACCCCCCACCCUCGCAGCAUGAUCUCGUUUGCCGGAGAGCGGAGAGGAAACGCCUGGCGGAGAUGGCUUCGGUACCCUCUGCGCGGAAGCGCUGGAAGAGCAGUUUCACCGAGCUUGCGCAGCCUGGCAGUGAGACCGCAACCGACGAUACUUAG